AUGCGGGUGCUCGUUCAAUUGCCUCGGGCUUUCCCCGCAUCUCCCCGCAUAGGCGUGGCCCGUUGCCGCUUCGGCUCUGCUCAUCGACUACUUCUUUCACAAUACAGAACCGUCCGGUUGAACAGCACAAGAUUGGAAGACCAAGUCGAGAGCGCUUCAAAUUCUGGUGACACAGGAUCCUCAAGCGGCAAAUCUUCAAGCUUUGGGUCAUUUAGCAGCACUGUUCUAUUCUCCGCAUUGGCCGCUGGGGCCGGCUACGCAUAUGCUGUCACCACGAAUCAGUCUGAAUCAGGAAAAUCAAAUCAGCCGCAGUACGGAACAGCCAAAGACUUUGAAAAGGCCAUCGCAGAAUUGCGAGCCUCACUCGGCGAUGACGCCCUCAGCACCGACGAAGGCGAUCUUCAAGUCCACGGGUUCUCGGAAUGGUCCAGCAUCAAUGCAGACCGUCUGCCUGUCGCAAUCGCAUACCCGAAUAGCACCGAGGAUGUCUCGAAGAUCGCCAAAAUAUGCCAUAAAUACCGGAUGCCAAUGGUUCCAUAUUCUGGAGGGUCAAGUCUUGAGGCCAACUUCUCUGCUCCUCACGGAGGCUUGACAAUUGACUUCGCUUCAAUGAACAGGAUCCUCGAGUUGCAUGAAGCCGACAUGGAUGUUGUGGUCCAACCGUCCAUCCAAUGGAUGGAUCUGAACGAAAAUAUCAAGGACAGUGGUCUCUUCUUCCCUGUAGAUCCCGGUCCAUCUGCGAUGAUUGGCGGUAUGGUUGGUACGAACUGCAGCGGAACAAAUGCUAUGAGGUAUGGAACUAUGAAGGACUGGGUCAUAAACCUUACAGUUGUCCUAGCAGACGGUCGGAUCAUCAAGACACGCCGUCGUCCACGCAAGACUUCAGCAGGCUAUAACUUGACUGGCAUGUUUGUAGGUUCUGAAGGCACUCUCGGUAUUGUGACUGAGGCCACGCUCAAAUUAGCGCCCAUUCCAGAGCAGACGCGGGUAGGCGUUGUGACCUUCCCGACAGUGCGCGAUGCUGCAUCCACUGCCAUGCAGCUGAUUCGACAAGGCAUCCAGGUACAGUGCAUGGAAAUUCUGGAUGAGGUCCAGAUGGAUGUCAUCAACCGCGCCGGUGGGACCGGGCGCACAUGGAAGACCUCGCCCACUCUCUUCUUCAAAUUCUCGGGCACCAAAGCAGGUGUUGCUGAUAGCAUCAAUUUGACCAGUAAGCUAGCAAAGAGAAACAAAGCCGACUCCUUCGAAUUCGCGCGGGACGAGCGCGAGGCUCAUGACCUGUGGUCCGCGCGGAAGCAAUCGCUAUGGAGUAUGCUGUCUCUGAGGGAGAAGGGAUCAGAAGUAUGGUCUACAGACGUUUCGGUGCCGAUCUCGAGACUGCCAGAUAUAAUCGUUUCUCUGACUUGUAUACCAGAGAUCUCCAAAAAGGAACUAGACAACCUUGGGCUGUUUGCUAGCAUUUUGGGCCACAUCGGGGAUGGCAACUUCCACGCAAGUAUCAUGUACGAUCGCAGCGACCCGAAGGAGUUGGAGCGGGUUGAGGAGGUCGUGUACGACAUGGUAGAUCGGGCUCUGGAGAUGGAGGGUUCAUGCACCGGCGAGCAUGGUGUUGGUCUGGGCAAGAAGGGUUCUUUGGUGAAGGAGCUGGGUCCGGACACGAUAGAUGUCAUGCGCUCUAUCAAACAAUCACUUGAUCCCCACUGGUUGCUCAAUCCAGGGAAGAUCUUCGAUUUUGAACGAAAAGCAUAAAUGCGCUUGGACCAACACAUAUACGCAGUCAGGAGAAGCCUC